CUGAAGCUUGAAAAAAAAAGUUUAGCUGGAAAAUGUCAGAGGAAAAAGGCCAUUUUUCGCAGAUUUCUGAAAGAAUUCUAGCCAAGACAUUCAAUAAAAGGACUUUUCAAGCAAAUUAUUAUGCUGGCUUUGAUCAACCACAUUUUGAAGUUCCGGAACCCGAUUAUGGCGAAACACCUAUUGAGAAUAAUGAAAUGGACGGCCUUAAAGCAAAGGUGGACCUUAUUUCUGAACGAGCAGCUGAAGAACUACCGGAACCGGAUUAUGAUGAUAAAGAAAAAGAUGGAAAUCACAGUUUUAAACCUUCGUCAGAAAAAAUAGAGAAAAGGGAUUCAACAAGACAGAAAGUUAAAAAGGAAUCAUGGGAUGUUUUUCGUAUUAUUGAGAGAGACGAAAAGCGUCGAGACGUUCAUGCGCAUAUCAGCUUUCAAAUCAUCAAAAUACUCGCAUACGCCAUGUUGUUUGGUUUGAUGUUGACAAGUCUAGUCACCCAAAAAAUUACCCUAGUCAUAGCUACCUCAAUGGUACGGUCGGAGAGGAGUUCACUGGAGAGCACUUCCAGUAGAGGAAACACAACUUCGUCAAGUAGCAAAACCGUUUUGCAGAAGUCAGAACCCGCUGUACAUAGCUUUCUCCUUCUCAUAUCUAUGUGUACUCCAUAUAUUUUCACCUUUCUCUCAAGUGCUUGGAGAGUAUGGUUUGGAAAUAUAGAAAGGCCAAGUAUUACCAGCAUAAUUAUGAGUACUGCUGUAGAAGUCCUUCAUUCUAUCGGACUCUCCCUAUUAGUCUUUCACUUGCUGCCAGACUUGGGACCCAUUCGAGGAAUAUGUAUACUUAGUGCAACUUCCAUCAUUCCCGGUCUUUUAAAACCAUUUUACACAUUAGAGACGAAUUUAUUCCAAAGAAAUAACGAACAACGAAAACGUAUACUUAUAUUUGUUUUGAACAUGGUCGCUUUUUUUCUUCAGUUAUCUGUGUUGCCAUUUCUUCUUGUUCCAAACACUCAGUAUGUAGUUAAUAGCGAAAUUUCCCCCGUGUAUAUGAACGGAGAGAAUGCUAGUGUGUAUAUCCAUGAUGUCUGGGAUAUCGACGCAGAAAAAGGUUUUAAAUAUCUGUUUUCACUUCUGUUAACGUCGACUCUGUGGUGGGAGAAUUUUCUGGAUAAGAUUAAUGGAACCGGAAAAAUCAAGCAGUUUCUUUUGAAAACAAGAUAUGAAAUCGAAGAAAGCAGGUCUUAUGUUUACAUUUGUGUGUCCAUAUUGAAACUCGUGACUUCAGUACUAUGUGCACAUCUUAUAGUUGGAGAAUCAUUAAAUAUUUUCACAAACCAAUUCUGGGAAGCAUUGACAAAGAAUCAAACACUUAGUGAUUAUUCGGAUAAACUUAUUCUGAUCGCAUCCGGUUUCGUUGGAUAUUAUGUUGCGUACACAUCCUGUAAACUGCAUAUGCAAAUAUUUUCUUUUUCCCUUCCCUGCCUGUUAUCUACACCAGUUGCAGUAAUACUUAUGUCAGUAUACUGCCAGAGCAGUUCAAACCAUUUAACCUCCAUAUUGAAUUUUGACAAAGAAGCAUGCUGUUAUAUUCCAAUCUACAGUCCUUGGUAUCACGUGACAUUUGCCUCACUCUGGCUUCUUUCCUUAUACUGGGUUGGACAACACAUAUGGACUCCACAGCAAGAAAGGCUUGCAAAAGUAGAAAGAUUAUUUGUCAAUCCCUUAUAUUGUGGAGUACUACUGGAGCAGAACUUGAUUUUGAACAGAAAACGUAGUCAUUUGCAAAUCAUCAAAAGAAAAAAAGAUGCAGGUUCCCCAGAAAAGGAAAAUAAUAUGAUGGAAAAUAGAAGUCAGAAUGAAAACAUAGUUUACAUGUUACAGAAACAAAUUAAAGAAGACGAAGAUGAAAAAUUUCCAUUACAGACUCCUCCCUUUGUUUACGCAUGCGCUACUAUGUGGCAUGAAAAUCGUCUAGAAAUGGUUCAGCUUUUGAAGUCGAUUUUUAGAAUGGAUGAAGACCAGUUUUUAGAGGAGAAAGAAUAUGAAAUUUCUAACAACAACCGAUAUCCACAUGAUUAUUACAAGUUUGAAGCCCACAUCCUUUUCGACGAUGCAUUUCAAAAAGGAGAUGUUAAUGAAUAUGUGUAUACAUUUGCUUCUGUUAUGAAUGAGGCUGCAAGCUCUGUGCAUUCUCGUCCAAUACAACUUGAAAAGCCAGUUAUUAUAUCGACCUAUUAUGGAGGGCAGGUUAUCUUCAGAAUGCCAGGAGAGAAUUUCCUGUACAUUCACCUUAAAGAUAAAACAAAAAUUCGACACAAGAAGCGAUGGUCUCAGGUGAUGUGCAUGUAUUAUUUAUUGGGAUACCGGCUCACAACCGAAAUACAAAGUGAAAUGGAAAAGAAUGCAAAGAAGAAAACAGAAAAGGAAAACACCGAAGAACGUUUCAAGAAAAAGGCUGAAAAUACAUUCCUUCUUGCAUUGGAUGGGGACGUAGAUUUCACUCCUGGCUCUGUUAGAAUUCUUCUCGACCGAAUGAAAAAAGAUGAGAAAGCUGGUGCUGCGUGUGGAAGAAUUCAUCCAAUAGGCAGUGGUCCGAUUGUCUGGUAUCAGAAAUUUGAAUACGCGGUGGCACAUUGGCUUCAGAAAGCUACUGAGCAUGUACUUGGGUGCGUUCUUUGUUCCCCCGGCUGUUUCAGUCUUUUCCGAGGAUCAGCUUUGAUGGAUGAUAAUGUUAUGAAAAAAUACACGUUAUUACCAUCUGAAGCGUCUCAGAUCUUAAUGUACGAUCUAGGGGAAGAUCGCUGGCUCUGCACGCUGCUUUUACAACAGGGAUACAGGAUAGAUUAUGCUGCCGGUGCUGAUGCCUACACUUAUGCUCCAGAGAGCUUUAAUGAAUACUUCAACCAAAGAAAAAGAUGGACACCGUCCACGCUUGCCAAUAUCAUGGCUCUACUACAAAAUGGGGAAAAUACAGUAGAAGCAAAUUCAAAUAUAAGCUGGCUUUAUAUAGUCUAUCAAGUUUCUCUGAUGGUUGCAACACUAAUUGGUCCAGCAACAAUUCUUAUGAUGAUAGCCGGCGCCUUUGUUGCCGUUUUCGGUGUGAAUCUUAUGAUGUCAUAUAUCGCCUCUUUACUUCCGGCUAUUGCAUAUUUUAUCAUAUGUCUCACAUUCCGCUUAAACGUUCAACUUUUGAUUGCUCAAAUUCUAAGCGGAUUUUAUAUAUUAAUCAUGAUGGUUGUUUUUGUUGGUGUUAUAAUCACAGCUGUUACAGAAUCUCUGUUCCAUCCCAGUGUUAUUUUCAUCAUGGGACUAGUUGCUGUUUUCGUUAUUGCUGCUUUACUUCAUCCAAGAGAAUGGGGCAAUAUUAUAUACGGCUUACUCUAUUAUGUUCUUGUUCCGACAGGGUUCUUACUUCUGUUCAUUUAUUCUUUGUGCAAUUUGAAUGAUAUUUCAUGGGGAACUCGAGAAAGUGGUAUAACAAAAGAGAAAAGGGGAAAAAGUGAGGGACUUCUGUACAAAAUAUUCUCCCCAUUUAAAAAGAUGAAGACUAAUUUGUUGAAACCAAACCCUUCAGAAAAGGACGUGCUUCUUAAAAUAUUAGCGGCAGUGGCUGAUAUAGUUAGAUUCAGGAAGGAUUCUGCAAUGAAUCAUCAAGAAAAUGAACAUUUAGAGGAGAUAGUAACAGAGACGACACCACUUCUAGAUUCUCAUUCUCAGGAGCAAAGUAAAGGGAGUUCAGAAAAAGUUUUCAUGGAGAAGGUGUCUUGCGAUGAAAAACCAUCGUGGGUAAAUAAAGGUCCCUUCUCAGGAAGAUAUGUUCAAAUGAAGGAAAAGGAACGUGAAUUUUGGAAAUCAUUUGUUGACAGAUAUUUGAAACCUUUAGAGAGAGAUCCUGCAAAAGAAAAUAAAGUUAAGGAACAGCUGAGGGAGUUAAGGAAUAAUGUUUGUGGAGGAAUGGCUCUUUUAAACCUACUUUGGAUUGCAGUGAACUUCAUGUUUCAGUUACGAAGUCCUGCUGUGAUAACAUUUAAACUUCCAACAAACAAUGAUGAUGACGAAGAUCAGAAUUAUGAGAUGAGAAUUGAGCUUCUGGGUGUUCUGUUUAUUGCCUUCUUCCUUAUCAUUCUUAUGAUACAGUUUUCUGGCAUGGUUAUGCACAGAUGGGGUACAUUUUUGCAUCUUGUUGCCAUCACAGAACUUCCAAAUCCCUUUAAAAGAAAAAUGAAAAGGGACCUACAUUCAAAUAUUUUAGAAACGUAUGAGAUUGCAAAAGAGGAAAAUCAGGAAAUGCAAGAAAUACCGGAAGCUGAUAGGCAAGAAGAGGAAAACGCACUUUUAAGACAAAUUGAACAUUUACAAGAAACAGGAACCAGAUAUUAUUCUGACUCAUCUUCAGGUGGAACCACUUCAACCAAGUCAAAACGGAAGUCCAUUGCCUACGAACCAAUCAACACUCGUGCAUUAUUCCAACAGUACAGGCAAAACACUUUUCAUCGGAUCAAAACCAAUGACGAUCGAACAAGGUAUCCAAGAAACGAAAGAAAGCGAUCCGUUUUCAGUGAAGUAAUGAAUAAUAAUCAGCGAUAUAGCUACCGUCAAAAUAGAUGGACAGAUGGAGAUACAAGUAGUUCAAACCAAGGAGAUGAGACCAAAAGAGAAGGAAAGAGAAGCAGGGAUUUUCAUUUAAGAGGGGGAUUAAUGGAAAGAAAGCUAUCAAUAUCUUUAAUGAAAUAUCAUAACGAAUACGACGACUGCAGAUAACAAUUGCCAUAAUAACAACACACACACACACUCACACACACACAUCAUCAUCAUCAUCAUCAUCUUGUUAGAUAAAUGUAGAUAUCUCAUAGCAUAAGAUGUUGGAUUUUUGUUUUAAAGAGAAAAAACAAUGUUUACAAUUGACUUCGAAAGAAAGAUGUGCAUGAAAGAAAACUGUGGUACCUCAAGUAUUGAGAAGUGGGACAAAGUAUGUAAUAGGAUUUUUCCCAUUUUUCUAAAUAAAAUUUUGUAUUAACAUGAGGCAUCUUUCAGUAAAUGUGUACAUUGAUGCUUAAUUUUUUAGUGGGGCUCGAUCAAUUCAUUAUAUUAUUUUUUUGAUCUACU